AUAAGAAAAUAAACUAAAACAAAUUUCUAGGGUUAGGGUUUAAAUGAUCAUAACCGUAGUUUAUUUCUUCAUUGUUGGGAGUAGAUUGGGAAGCAGAGGAACAAUGUCAAAGAAGAACAACCUCGCCAAGAGAAAGAAGCAAUACGAAUUCGAUCUCCAAAGGGAGAAGCAAGAGAAGCAAAAGAAAGAGAAGAAGCUCCUUGCGAAGAAAAAUAGUAUGAAAGUUGAUGGUAGAAACAAGAAAAAGGGUGGAUUUCAGGUGGGGAAGAGAAAAGUGAAGGUCAAGUUGACUGCCCUUGCUAAAGCUAAGGCUGCCCAGGCAAUGGAGCUUGACAAUUGAGGUUUUACAUUUGCAGUUUUCUACAAUGUAUUGAAAUUGGUGGAUGACAGUGUUGUUUUAAGGUUUAAUAAUACUUUGUUCUGUUCUGU